AUGCCCCGCGCGUCGGGCUCUCAGAGAGAGCUAGAGAGGGGCGGUGGGCGGGGCCGCGCGUCAGAAGUGGGCGGGGCCGAGGGCAGAAGAGAGCAAGACCGACGCCAUAUUGGAAGGCUCUGGAUGAAGGCAGGUGAGAACCUGGGGGGGGGGGCAGGUUCAAUUCAUGGCCUCCCAGCCCCCCCUUUCCCCCUCCCCCCCACUUUCAGGGGGGGGUUGGGAAGAGGAAACCCCCCCAUAAUUUUCAGCAACAGAAAGGGAAGGGGGGAGGGAGAGAAAAGAGCCUAUUUUUAAUGCAAUUGGUUAUGGGGGGUGCGCCCCCCCCGUGGAGGGAACCUUGUUUUUAAAUGGGGGGGUGGUCUAUGGGGUGAGAAGCUUCAGAGGGAAAAGAGUGGGGGGGUGAAUUACAAGCCAGCCCCCCCUCUCCUUCAAUGCUUUCCUGUAAUUGGGGGGGUGCUUUAAAUCAGUGGGGAGGGGUGUUUUUUGGGGGGGUCUAUGGGGUGAGAAGCUUCAGAGGGAAGAGAGUGGGGGGGUGAAUUACAAGCCAGCCCCCCCUCUCCUUCAAUGCUUUCCUGUAAUUGGGGGGGUGCUUUAAAUCAGUGGGGAGGGGUGUCUUUUGGGGGGGUCUAUGGGGUGAGAAGCUUCAGAGGGAAGAGGCUGGGGGGUGAAUUACAAGGCAGCCCCCCUCCCUCUAUGGGGUGAGAAGCUUCAGGGGGGGUGAAUUACAAGCCAGCCCCCCCUCUCCUUCAAUGCUUUCCUGUAAUGGGGGGUGCUUUAAAUCAGUGGGAAGGGGUGUUAUUUUGGGGGGCUUGUCUAUGGGGUGAGAAGCUUCAGAGGGAAGAGGCUGGGGGGUUUGGGGUGUGCGUUAAUACGGGGGGGGGUGAAUUACAAGGCAGCCCCCCUCCCUCAAUACCCACUUUCCAGUACUUGGGGGGGGGGCUUUAAAUCACUGGGGAGGGGAGUUAUUUUUUGGGCGGUGCAGAGAUGGGGGUGGGAAUUUACAUUUAUUUUCUCCACCUCAUUACCAGCUGCAGGGUUUGGGGUGUGCUUUAAUAUGGAAGGUGGUGAAUUACAAGGCAGCCCCCUCUCAAUACUUUCCUGUAAUUGGGGGGGGGGAGCUUUAAAUCAGUGGGGAGGGUGUUAUGUUUUUUGGGGGGUGCAGAGGUGGGGGUGGGAAUUUCCAUUUAUUCUAUCCACCUCUUUUCCAGCUGCAGGGUUUGGGGGUGUGAUUUAAUACGGGGGGUUCUAUGUUAUUGGGGGUGUCCCCUGGUGUGUGUGUGUUUUUUGGGGGGUUGCUAAUUGGGUGAGGAGAAGGUUGAUUGGAGUGGGGGGGGGUUGGAAGAUGUCCGUGUGUCCGCCCCCCCCAUUUCUCAUAGCAGGGUUGCAGAGGGUGAGCCUGUGCUUUAUUUGGGGUGCCCGGGGGGGCUGUAAUAAAUUGGGGAGGCUGAACCUGUGCUUUAAUUUGGGGGGGGGACUGUAAUAAAUUUUAUUAUUAUUAAUAAUAAUAUAGAGGUGUCUUCCGGAGAGUGAUGGAGGAACUAAUUAGGUGAGUGGAUGAGAAGGAAAUGGGGGGGGGGUCGAUUGAAGGGCCCCUCCCUGCCUUUUCUGUCAUGGGAAGGGUGGGGUGGAGUUGAGUGGGUGAGGAGAAGGUCUGGGUAUUUUUUUGGGGAGGGGGGCAGAUUUGAAGACCACUCAAAUUUCCCAAAGCAGGGAUUGAGAGCCUGUGAUUGAAUGCAAUGGGAGAAGAGGUCUGUUAUUGCCGGGUGGGGGGGGGGGACGACUUCCUGGAGAGAUGGGGCAGCAAGGGGGGGGGCAAUGGAGUCCUCCCCCCUCCCCUCCCUUUCAUGUGACAGAUAAGCUAUUAAUGGGGGGGGGGGUGAGCCUUGCUUUAAAGCAAUUGAGAGGAGUACUAUUGAGGUAUCUUUUGUACGGGGGGGGGGAGGCAGGCUAGAGUUGGGGGGCGCACACUUGGGUGAAUGGAUGACGAAGGGGGGGCCAGGAAAACAUUGCACCCCUUUCAUAUGGGGCUUCGUUUAAGGAGAGUGGGGGUUCUGUUAUCGCGGUCGCACUUUGGUGGGAGACUGGACCUAAUUGGGAAUUCAGUGGGUUGGUUUUUUUGGGGGGGGGGUGCCCACUCCCCAAUUUUACCCGCUAUUUCUCUCCGUUAAAAAAGGAACUCGUGUCUCCUUUUACCUGUUUCCCAUUUUCCUCCCCUGCAACUGGGGGGGCCGCGCGAAGUCUGUGCUUUAAGGUAACAAAAUACUAAGGCUUAGUAUUUUUGGGGGGGCUGUCUGCUGGAGGGAGGCAGGUGGGUCACCCAGUUGCAUUAGCAAAGUGGGGGGGGGUGUUCCUUUAACAUAAAAGUGGUAGAUCUGUGGGAGGGGGAGACUUUAUUGCAGCAGGCAGGUGUUUCAUUUUGGGGGUGACUUAAUAGGGAAGUUGGAGGUUCCCUUCCUUCCUAUUAAUUACCCCCCAUCUAUAGACCAGCGAACCUCCAUUUCUUUCGUGGCGAGGGUCUGAUCUGUGUGUGUCGUCCCCCCCCGCAAAAAGGGGAAUUGUGGGGUUCUGUGCUUUAAUGCAAUGGGAGGUUAUGUACAACGGAUAGCAGCUGGAGGAGGGCCCAGUUAGGAAGUCGAGAGUGGGGGGCUGCUGAUGCUGCCCCCUUGCCAUUUAUUUCCCUGCCCAUAGUCCAUUUAAAGCGCCCCCCCGGUGCCAUGCAUUGGGUUCAAAGUGUCCCUGCUACAGAGGAUAAAGGUAAAGGGACCCCUGACCGUUAGGUCCAGUCGCGGACGACUCUGGGGUUGUGGCGCUCAUCUCGCUUUACUGGCCGAGGGAGCCGGCGUACAUCUUCCGGGUCAUGUGACCAGCAGGACUAAGCCGCUUCUGGCGAACCAGAGCAGCGCACGGAAACGCCGUUUACCUUCCCGCCGGAGCGGUACCUAUUUAUCUACUUGCACUUUGACGUGCUUUCGAACUGCUAGGUUGGCAGGAGCAGGGACUGAGCAAUGGGAGCUCACCCCGUCCAUCACGGGGAUUCGAACCGCUGACCUUCUGAUCGGCAAGCCCUAGGCUCUGUGGUUUAACCCACAGUGUCACCCGCGUCCCUAGCUACAGAGGAUAGGAUCCCGUAAUUCCCCAGCCCCAGCCCAGGAAAAUGCCCUCAGGGUAUGGCUUUAGUGGAGGCUGAGACAAGCCACCACCUCCUCUAUUUUCUGACUUGUACGAUUUAUUCUUUCUUUAGACCAGGCAUGGCCAACAGGUAGAUCACUGGAUGUAUGGGGUCAAUCGCUGGCUUCCCCAAGAAAGCUCAACGUUUUAGCCCAGUACCCCCAAAAACGGGGCUUUCCUCCUCCCUAAAAAAAGCUCAACACCUUAGACCCGAACCCUCCAAAAGAGCGUAGAUCACUGCCAGUUUUUAACUCUGUGAGUAAAUCGCAAUCUCUUGGGAGUUGGCCACCUUUAGAAGAAUCUUUAUUUCCAGUAACAAGGUGCCGAAAUGUGAGGCUGCUUGUUUUUAUUGCAUUAACACCCCAUUUUUUGAGUUGCUCAAGGUCCCCCCCCCUUAUUUAACCCGAACAGCUACCCUCUCUGUAGACAGACAGGUAAGGACUGGCCCAAGUUCACCUCCUGAGGUUCAUAGCCAAGUGGGGAAUUUGAACCCGGGCCUCCCCAGAUCCUAGGCCUACUCUAACCCUCUCCAAUUAGGGCUGGGACGAUACCCCUGAACCCGAAAAUUAUAGAGAGCUUCAGUGUAGAAACUAGUUAGCUCGGUGGACCAGUGGUCUUGACUGUCUAAAGCUGCUUUCUGUUUAAAUCGGCCCCUUUGUUCAGGACAUUGUGGACUAGAAACUUGCUUCAUCUCUAGGGGAAUGACCGUAGUUUCUUAGGCGGAGCUCCCAUUUAUUCCCAUUCCAUUCCGACUUGUGGGUUUGGGGUCUUCCGUAAGGAGUGCUUCAAUUUUUUAUUGCUGGAGUCGUUUCAUUUUUUCUGCUGCAACGAGCCCUCCUCGCUUUCGAAAAUGUGUGUUGCUGGGGAAGAGCUGUAACUCGGAAUUAGAGCUUUGCCCUCAAAAAGGUCCCCAUUUUCCAUCACUGGCCUCUCCAGUAGAGACUCCUGCCUGCUUGGACUACUGCCAUGUGCUCUCCGUGGGGCUACCUUUGAAGGUGACCCAGAAACUGCAACUAAUCCAGAAUGCGACAGCUAGACAGGGGACUGGGAAUGGCCACCAAGAACACUGGUCCUGAAAGACCUACAUUGUCUCCCAGUCUGUUUCCGAGCACAAUUCAAAGGGUUGGUGCUGACCUUGAAAGCUCUAAAUGGCCCAGUAUCCAUGAAGGAGCGUUUCCACCCCCAUCGUCCAGGCCGGACACCAGGGUCCAUCUCCGAGGGCCUUCUGGCGGUUCCCUCCCUGCGAGAAGCGUGGUUGCAGGGAACCAGGCAGAGGGCCUUCUCGGUGGUGGCACCUGCCCUAUGCAACGCCCCCCUUGACAUUUCCUUGACAUCUGAAUGGAGGGCGUUCCACGGGGCGGGCGCCACCACCAAAAAGGCCCUCCGCCUGGUUCCCUGUAAUCUCACUUCCCUUUCAACUCUACAGUUCUAUGAUAAAAGUAUUAUUAGGUUCUGGUUAGUUUCUGGGCUCAGUUCAAGGUGCUGGUUUUGAUCUGUGAAGUGCCAGAAUCUGAGAACUGCCUCUGCCUACUUAACUGGGCCUUCUCGGUGGUGGCGCCCGCCCUGUGCAACGCCCUCCCGUCAGAUGUCAAGGAAAUAAACAACUAUCUGACUUUUGGAAGGCAUCUGAAGGCAGCCCUGUUUAGGGACGUUUUAAGUGUUUGGUGUUUUUAAUAUUCUGUCGGGAGCCGCCCAGAGUGGCUGGGGAAACCCAGCCGGAUGGGUGGGGUAAAAAUAAUAAAUUAUGAUGAUGAAACAGGAGAGCCGCUACCAGUCAGUGUACUGAGCUAGAGCAUAUUUAAGAGCAUGGUGCUGCUGGUGCCACGGUUGCAGGUUCAAUUCCCAAGUGCGAAAGCUGCAUAUUCCUGCAUUGCAGAGGGUUGGACUGGAUGAUCCUCAGGGUUCCCUUCCGACUCUACAAUCCUAGGUCUCCCUUGGGAGGUUAUGGACUCUCCUUCUUUGGAGGUUUUUAAGCAGAGGUUGGAUGGCCAUCUGUCAUGGAUGCUGUAGCUGAAUUUCCUGCAUUGCAAGGGGGUUGGACUGGAUGACCAUUGGGGGUCCCAAACUGCUGCCUUAAUGUGCUGCUUCCUUUUUCCUCUCCCCUCCCCAGCACACCCUGGACCCCCUGCUCUCCAUGAACAUCAGGGCGUGAGGCUGUAAUAAGGCACUUGGCUCCCCUUCUCUCCUUCUCCCCGCGCCCCUUGACCGCUUCCACCAUGGAUCAAGACUACGAAAGACGCCUUCUCCGCCAAAUCAACAUCCAGAAUGAAAACAUGAUGCCUUGCGUAAGACUUGCAAAACACUACUAAACCGUGUUGUUGUUCUUUAGUCGUUUAGUUGUGUCCGCCUCUUCGUGACCCCCUGGACCAGAGCACGCCAGGCCCUCCUGUCUUCCACUGCCUCCCGCAGUUGGGUCAAACUCAUGCUGGUAGCUUCGAGAACACUGUCCCACCAUCUCGUCCUCUGUCAUCCCCUUGCGCCCUCCAUCUUUCCCAACAUCAGGGUCUUUUCCAGGGAGUCUUCUCUUCUCACGAAGUGGCCAAAGUCUUGGAGCCUCAGCUUCAGGAUCUGUCCUUCCAGUGAGCACUCAGGGCUGAUUUCCUUAACAAUGGAUCAGUUUGAUCUUCUUGCAGUCCAUGGGACUCUCAAGAGUCUCCUCCAGCACCAGAAUUCAAAAUACUAAACCGUAGGUUACGUAAAAUGCAAUCCUGGUAACAGCACACACAACCUAACAGGCUGUUUUUGGGCUAUGUAACUUCUGUUUCAAACACAAUUCAACAUAUAAUAUCUCGCAGUGUGUAAUUCCAUAGACCAACACAUCAUAUGUAAAGAGAACAUAUCCUGAGAAAUCAAAGUCCAAUGGAUGGUCAGGUGAUAAAGUCCAUUCAGUUCCUAAAUUGGCAUAAUGGCAAUAACCACAAUAUGGUAUGCUUAUCUUAUCUUAUCUUACCUUACCUUAACUUACCUUAUGGUGUUGCCCUAGAAUAGGCAUAAGCAAACUCGGCCCUCCAGAUGUUUUUGGACUACAAUUCCCAUCAUCCCUGACCACUGGUCCUGUUAGCUAGGGAUGAUGGGAGUUGUAGUCCCAAAACAUCUGGAGGGCCGAGUUUGCCUAUGCCUGCCCUAGAAGUCUUCCUAGAAAAACUCUGAACCAGUUUUUGCCUAGCUGGAAAUGUGUCUCUGAGCUCUGAUAACGCAACUUUUCCACUGUGCAGAAAAGCAAUCAUUUCCUUAAUAACAAUUUAAACUAUUUAUUUAACUGAAACAAUAACGUUAUAGCAUAUGUAUCCAUGUUUGUUAACGAAUGUGGUUAAACAAUAGAAAACAACUGAGUCUCAGCACACAGACAAAAUCUUAUUUCCUGAUGAAUAGCCUUUGGACUGUAAUGUAACUUAAACAGAAAAUCUUUAGAAAGAUUUUUCCUUCCAAAAAAAUCAAUUUAAAACAAAAAAAUCAUUGAUUUUUAUCCACCCUGGGCGCCACAGAAUGGAGGGAAAGAGGAAGAACCUACUAGUUUCUCAGAGGGCAGGUGUUGGGGUGUAUGGGUUAGAAAAGCAGUAAAUCUAAAAGCUUAAAGAAACUCCGUUCCAAGUUGAAAUGACAACGGUCUCUCUUCUGAUGACGGGGGCGUGUUUCUCUGUUGCCUGAUUUCUCGGCUUGGCACCCACAAAUUGCAGGUUGCCGACAUGAGGAGGACCCUGACGCCUUCGAAUUCCCCCGUGUCGUCUCCCAGCAAGCACGGUGACAGGUUCAUCCCAUCCCGAGCCGGGGCAAAUUGGAGCAUCAGUUUCCACAGGAUAAACGUGAGCGUCACAAGGAAGCGCCCUUGGCUGUUUCUUUUUUUUACAGUGGUACAUUGGUUCUCAAACUUAAUCCGUUCCGGAUACUAUUGUAUUUAUUUUAUAGUACGGUACAUUGAUUGAUUAGGGACACGGGUGGUGCUGUGGGUUUGCUGUACUAUUGCAGACACGUGAUUUAUAUACUUAACAUAUGUGUUUGCCUUGUACAUUUAUGAACAUUUAUUAUACAUAUAUGGGACGCGGGAGGCACUGUGGGUUAAACCACAGAGCCUAGGGCUUGCCGAUCAGAAGGUCGGCGGUUCGAAUCCCCGCAAUGACGGGGUGAGCUCCCGUUGCUCAGUCCCUGCUCCUGCCAACCUAGCAGUUUGAAAGCACGUCAAAGUGCAAGUAGAUAAAUAGGUACCGCUCUGGCAGGAAGGUAAAUGCCGUUUCCGUGCGCUGCUCUGGUUCGCCAGAAGAGGCUUAGUCAUGCUGGCCACAUGACCCGGAAGCUGUACGCCGGCUCCCUCGGCCAGUAAAGCGAGAUGAGCGCCGCAACCCCAGAAAAAUGAUUUGCACCAUCAAACAAGCCCUCAUUUUCUACGCUUCGCAGGAAAACGAAAAGUCCCCGAGUCAAAACAGAAAAGCAAAGGACGCGACUUCAGACAAUGGCAAAGGUAGACCUGAACACCUGCCUCUUAAAAAUUAUUAUUAUUAUUAUUUAUUAUUAUGCGUCUGUGUUCUGUGUUUGGAUAGACUGCAAGGUUUAUUUCCGUUCAGCGAAAAGAGGAGGGUCCCUCAAAGCAAAAUAACUGCCGUGUUGUUUUGGUUUAGCUUUCACACGCUGCAGUCCAUGUCAUUGCAGGAGGUUAUGCCAUAAUAGAUUUCUUAGUCUCUAUAAAGAGUCCUUGUUGGUUCACCACCAGCCCACCCUGCAAAAAAAAUCUCUUUAUUCUGCCUCUCCUCAUUGACUCGGUACUCCUGUUUGCUGCGGUUGUAACUAUUUUCCACCUUCCCCUUUCGACUCUCUGGCACCCUAUCUGCAUAAAAUUCCAAAAUAUAGAUGCGCUUUUACCCUCGCAAGAUUGAAUGUCCUGCCCUCGGCUGGACUCGAUUCCAACAGAUCCGACACGAAAACCUCUUCUUUCCCUGCGGAGACGGCCGUCCCGAAUCGGUGGCGCAUGCCCUUCUGGCUUGCUCUCUUUAUAAAGACUUGAGGAAUGAGAUUAUCACCCCUCUUUGAUUGUUGGACUACAAUGGAACUUAAAUAGAAAAUUUUCUGAAAGAUUUUUCCUCCAGAAGCAUUUUAUUUUAAAAAUCCGAUUGAAAUAAAAAAAAAAUCUGAUUUGAAUUUUUAAAAAAUCCGAUUUAAAUAAAGAAAAUCUGAAUAUUAUUAUUAUUAUUAUUAAAAAAAUCAUUGAUUUUUAUUCACCCUCAUUCUUUGCAUCAGUAAAUGCUUUUGUCGUGUAAACAUAUACCCUUGUGUCCAGAUUAUGGUGCUUUAAAAAGACUCUUUAAGCAAGGAAAAGGCAGGGGCCAUGUGUUUGUGUUUGUGUUUUAUUUUAAACGAGGCUUGACUUUGAAGUCCCCCGCUUCUCUCAACCCCGCAGAUGGCCUUGCGUACUCAGCCUUGCUAAAGAACGAGCUCUUGGGGGCCGGGAUCGAGAAGGUGCAAGACCCCCAGACGGAAGACAGGAGGCUGCAGCCCUCCACGCCGGAAAAAAAGAGCCUUUUCACGGUAUUUGUUUUCUUCAUUUUGUCCGCUGACUCUCAAGGGGCUCACCCUUCGGUCGAAAACACUCCCAGCCGGUCCAGUGUACAGUUCCGGACAUGACGUGUAGCCUUAUUGGAGUUCACCAAUUGGGUCUGCGUUGCUCCGGGACAGGAGGAAGGAAGUCAAAUGACACCGAGGUUGAUUGCAAGAAAGAGUUUAUUCUGCUCUCCGGAUAGCAGAAGGCACUUGCGUGAUCAGGUCCACAGCAAGUCCAAAGAAAUGACAAGUUUCACGCAGUAUAUAUAUCCUCCAGGCACCCUCUCCCUCCUUCCCAUAUAAAUCCAUCCACGUCAGCCUAUGUACGCAGGUUGACAUCACAUAUGGUGACUGGGGGCGGCCACCGAGACCACAUAACACCGGUCCCGAAAGACCUACAUUGGCUCCCAGUACGUUUCCGAGCACAAUUCAAAGUGUUGGUGUUGACCUUCAAAGCCCUAAACGGCCCAGUAGACCUGAAGGAGCGUCUCCACCCCCAUCGUUCUGCCCGGACGCUGGAGUCCAGCGCCGAGGGCCUUCUGGCGGUUCCCUCAUUGCGAGAAGCAAAGCUACAGGGAACCAGGUAGAGGGCCUUCUCGGUGGUGGUGCCCGCCCUGUGGAACGCCCUCCCAUCAGAUGUCAAAGCGAUAACUACCUGACAUUCAGAAGACAUCUUAAGGCAGCCCUGUUCAGGGAAGUUUUUAAUGUGUGAUAUUUUAGUGUAUUUUUAGUUUCUGUGGAAGCUGCCCAGAGUGGCUGGGGAAACCCAGCCAGAUGGGCGGGGUACAAAUAAUAAGUUAUUAUUUUUAUUAUUAUUGCUCUGGUAUUCUUAACCAUAAAAGGGUAUUCCUUCCUGUACUUCUGACCAUAAAAGGAUCUUCUUCUUCCUACUCUUUAUCUUGGAGGAAGAGGUGUCAUCUCCGAGAACACGCUUUUGGCCUUGUUCCCGGACUUAGGUCUGUGCGUCUUUUGUGGUCAGCACAUAAGAUAAGGCACGGACGUGUCUUCUCUGUUCUGCUGGUGCAGUCAGGGUCAUCCCUGCGGUCACAAACUGAUAAAGGAGAGGGCUUUGAGCACAGCCGGGUUUUUGUUUAUACAUUGUCUCAGAGCUCAAGUUAAUGGAUUUUAGCUAAGGAAAAAUAGGGAUUUUGGUGCAGUUUCAAACUGCCUGCACAGUCAGUUUUGGGUUUGGGGAACCCAUUCCUUCAGACCCAAAAGGAAAGAGGGAUGAGGAGGGUAGAGGAAAAAACGCCCGUUUGGAGACCAGUGCUUUAGGCAGGAGCAGGGAGCCUGUGUCUCUGGUGUAUGAUGGGAGUUGAUGCCCCAUAACAUCUGGGGGGCGGCACCGGUUAGCCACACACCCCAUUCAUUUGUUCUUAUUUUUUCAAACUUGCAUGCUGCCUUGUAUUUCAAGGAAUCUGCUAAGCGGCUUACGUACCUCAGCACAAAAUCACUGUGCCUCAUGAUUGCAGCAGGGGUUUGAACCAGAUUAACUUUUGGUUCCCUUUCAACUCUACAGUUCUAUGAUAAAAGUAUUAUUAGGUUCUGGUUGGUUUCUGGGCUCCGUUCAAGGCGCUGGUUUUGAUCUGUGAAGUGCCAGAAUCUGAGAACUGCCUCUCCCUACUUAACUGGGCCUUCUUGGUGGUGGCUCCCGCCCUGUGGAACGCGCUCCCAUCAGGUGUCAAGGAAAUAACCUGGCUUUUAGAAGACAUCUGAAGGCAGCCCUGUUUAGGGAAGCUUUUAAUGUUUGGUGUUUUAUCGUGCUUUUAAUAUUCUGUUGGGAGCCGCCCGGAGUGGCUGGGGAAACCCAGCAAGAUGGGCGAGGUAUUAUUAUUAUUAUUAAUAAUAAUAAUAAUAAUAAUAAUAAUAAUAAUAAUUUAUGCCCUGCCCAUCUGGCUGGGUUUCCCCAGCCACUCUGGGUGGAUUCCAGCAAAAGAUUAAAAAUACAUUAAAACAUCAGUCAUUAAAAACUUCCCUAAACAGGGCUGCCUUCGGAUGUCUUCUAAAUGUCAGAUAGUUGCUUAUUUCCUUGACAUCUGAUGGGAGGGCGUUCCACAUGGCAGGCGCUACCACCGAGAAGGCCCUCUGCCUGGUUCCCUGUAACCUCACUUCCAUCAGGGAGGGAACCGCCAGAAGGCCCUCGGGAGAUGGACCCCGGUGUCCGGGCUGAACAAUGGGGGUGGAGACGCUCCUUCAGGUCUACUGGGCUGUUUAGGGCUUUCAAGGUCAGCGCCAACACCUUGAAUUGUGCUCGGAAACGUGCUGGUAGCCUAUGCAGGUCUUCAAGACCGGUGUUGUUAUUAUUAUGGAACCCUUUGCUCAUCACUCGAGGCCCUUCGUGGGCUGUUUGAUGGAGGUGCAUGGGGUAUCGACAGGGCCUUCUCAGUGGUGGCUCCCUGCUUGCAGAAAGCCAUCCCUGGGGAGGCACGCUAUGGUUGCCAUCAUAUCUUCAUAGGCUCCAGGCCCCCAAAAAAGAAAAUAAAUUCCUUUUCCGCCAGGGUUUUGCAAUUUAAUAAUCUGUGGUUCCCUUCUGUGGGUGCGGUGCCUUAGCGCUGCCUGUUUAAUAAUAUGGAUUUUUUAUUCCUUUAGAACAGUUUGAGCUUUAUGUUGGGUUUAAUGUGUGUGAUGCCUUCUCGCCCAUCCAGUACUCCCUCACCACGAAACGCUCCAGCCCGGACGACGGCAAUGAGGUCUCCCCCUAUUCGCUCUCGCCCGUCAGCAACAAAAGGUUUGGGCUCCCUUUUUAGCGAAGUGUUUUAGGAAACACAGCAAUACAGGGUGAAGGUUUUCCUGCGGAGGUGGUGCUAUAAGAAAAAUACUGCUCCUUUUCCCUUAAUGGGCUACCCAAGAGCCCGUAUAGAGUCCUUAAGUAGGUUCCCUUUCUAAUUGAGGUUUCCCAGGAGCUAUCCUGGGCCAUAUAAGCCCCUUUUUGGCCAGGAAUUUGGGAAGACACCCUGCUGUGGCUUAGCGGUAUAUAUAGCCAAACCACCGAUUCUGCAGUCGCCCGGUUUAAAAGAGAAAAUGACCUUGCUUCGUGGAAAGUUGCAGAAGGUGGAGACGCUCUGUUGUAACUUACGUAUGUGUUUUCCUUGUACGUUUAUGAACGUUUAUUUUAUAUAUAUAUAUAUAAGACCUUAGAAUUCCUGUAACAAGGGGCUCCUCAGACAGGUUGCCCCCUCUCAGUUACUCUAUGGGGCAGGUAGAACUAAGGUCCAGGGUCCUUUUGCGACUCGACCACCGAGAUCACCGGCAGGAGCGUCACUGGUCCCUCCCUGAAUUGUUGGAGCUCCUUUGACAGCAACAAGAAACCGAGCUUUUAGUGUCACCGGCCCAGUCCUGUGGAACCCUCUGCCACCAGAGAUUUGGCGUGCGUCUUCUGCGCCAACUUUUUAAAACGCUCGCUGGAAACUUUUCUGUGCACGCAGUUGGAGCGCAUCUUUCCACAAUGCUUAACUGAGGCCUCUUUUUUAACUUUGUACAGCGGUACCCGCGAUUGUUUUUCUCCUUCCCGCGAGGUACAGCAGAAAAGCUGUCCGAAUAUAAACAGUCAACUUAUUAAAGCUCACAAUCAUUUCAUAAUUGUCUGUCUUAUGUAUUUCUAACAGUGUAACCAAAUCAAUUUGCUAUAACUGUAAAAAAACAACAACUUAUCAUUCCAAAAAUGAAACCUUCCUCUGGUUGUAAAUGUUAAGAUGAUAACAGCAAGAAUGAGUCUUUCUGUUUAAAAAUAAAAUAAAAUUCAAUCAAGUCUUACUGACUAGUGAUUUAAAUCGCGGUUCGAAUCGUGAUUUAGAUCUAUUUCAUUUAGAUUGUGAUUUAGAUCGUUUUGAUUUAGAUCAUGAUUUAGAUUUGAUUUAGACUUCGGUCGAGUUGAUUGUGAUUUAGAUCGAUUUUAUUUAAAUCAAAUCCACCCUGCUUGGAGGGAAUAAUGAUGCUUCCUCCCUCUUCACACAUCCUUCUUCUUCCUCUUCCCCAAUUUCCCACGCGGCCGAAACAGCCAAAAGCUGCUACGGUCUCCUCGGAAGCCCACGAGGAAAAUCUCCAAGAUCCCAUUCAAAGUAUUGGAUGCCCCGGAACUUCAGGACGACUUCUACCUAAACCUGGUCGACUGGUCGUCCCUUAACGUUCUCAGCGUCGGCCUCGGAACCUGUGUUUACCUGUGGAGUGCCUGUACCAGCCAGGUAAAGUCCUUAUUUUCUUACGUUACGAACAGGGCCUAAUAGGUAUCUCAAGCCACUUGUACAUCACAAAAUAUGUAUUUUAUCAAAGUAAUUGUUGAACUGAAAUACAGUUAUAUAAAUGCAAGGUACCGCUGUAUACAGAAAUGAGCAAAGCAGUGAUAUUUUAGGGAGCAGGCGGGGGCCCAUGACUUACAUCCUAGGAGCCGACACAACACAAAACACUGUUGCUGUAUGUAAGUUUUAUUUUACAGUGGUACCUCGGGUUACAUAUGCUUCAGGUUACAUACGCUUCAGGUUACAGACUCCGCUAACUCAGAAAUAGUACCUCGGGUUAAGAACUUUGCUUCAGGAUGAGAACAGAAAUCAGGCUCUGGCGGCACAGAAGCAGCAGGAGGCCCUAUUAGCUAAAGUGGUGCUUCAGGUUAAGAGCAGUUUCAGGUUAAGAACGGACCUCCGGAACGAAUUAAGUACUUAACCCGAGGUGCCACUGUAUUUGUUUCUUAUCUUAUAUUUUGGAAAUAUACAUCAAGUUUUUUUUCCCCUUUAAAUUUUUUUGGGGGGGCCAAGACAGUGGGGCCCUAAGCUGGAGCUUGUUUAGCCUAUACAGUGGUACCUCGGGUUACAUACGCUUCAGGUUACAGACUCUGCUAACCCAGAAAUAGUAUCUUGGGUUAAGAACUUUGCUUCAGGAUGAGAACAGAAAUUGGGCGGCGGCAGCAGCGGGAGGCCCCAUUAGCUAAAGUAGUGCUUCAGGUUAAGAACAGUUUCAGGUUAAGAACGGACCUCCAGAACGAAUUAAGUAUGUAACCAGAGGUACCACUGUACAUUAAUCCGGCACUGAUUACAAAACAAACAAACAAACAAACAGCUACUGGAAGAAAAACUCGCCCUUUCCGGAGACAUGAUGUUGGAUAACAUUCACCUUUGCCUUCCUCUCGCCUCUUUUGAAUUGACCUCUUAAUGGGAGGCCCGACAAAAUGUUCCAGCCUUUGGCUGAGUCUGCCUGUUGCUUCUUUGCGUGAGUCCCUGCUCCAGAGGCUUUGUAGAGGGAGCGUGUCCCCAAAUAGCGACUCCUGCCUACAAAUUGAGGGUUCUUCCCGAUAGCAGAUGAACUGUGUGCGGCAUAUAUAUAUACACGGUGGAAUCUCGGUCGUCGAACGUAAUCCGUUCCGGAAGACCUUUCGACUUUCAAAACAUCCGACAACCGAGGCGCAAUGGGUGGCCAGAAGAUUCCAGUGGGGAAUUCGAGAAAUGCGCCUUGGGAGUCGUUCGACUUCUGAGGCACGUUCGAAAACAGAAGCAAUUCUGGGUUUUCAGCAUUCGAAAAUGGAAACAUUCAGCUUCUGAGACGCUCGAAAACUGAGUUUCCACUGUAUAUAUAUUUUAAUCAAGCCUGCUUAGGCACAAAAGUGUUCUUCCCCUUUUUAAUUUUCCAAAAUAAAGAAAAAAGCCAUUUCUAGCAGUUGGUGGAGACGUGGGUGGAGCUGUGGGGUAAACCAUUGAGCCUAGGACUUGCCGAUCGGAAGGUCGGCGGUUCGAAUCCCCGCAAUGACGGGGUGAGCUCCCGUUGCUCGGUCCCUGCUCCUGCCCACCUAGCAGUUCGAAAGCACGCCAAAGUGCAAAGUAGAUAAAUAGGUACCGCUCUGGCGGGAAGGUAAACGGCGUUUCCGUGCACUGCUCUGGUUCGCCAGAAGCGGCUUAGUCAUGCUGGCCACAUGACCCGGAAGCUGUACGCCGGCUCCCUCGGCCAGUAAAGCGAGAUGAGCACUGCAACCCCAGAGUUGGCGACGACUGGACCUAAUGGUCAGGGGUCCCUUUACCUUUGCCUUUAGCAGUUGGUGGGCCAUUGCCCUGACCCAGCAGACAGGCUCUUAUGUAUAAUGAAACUCUCGUUAUUAUUAUUACGGUCUUAUGCUUCCUUGCUGGGGACAAGGCUGCUUGUGGGAGGCCCACGACGUCAACGGUCCCCUCCUCCUUUCCCUCCCAGUGCCUUCUCCUUUUCUCAUUCUUUCUUCCUUGUCUCCCCUCUCCUCUUUCUCCCAAGGUGACCCGGCUGUGCGACCUCUCCGUGGAAGGCGAUUCCGUCACCUCCGUCGGGUGGUCAGAGCGGGUGAGUACGCCGUCAAGUUUCCGCCAAAGCGCAGCGGUUGUGGAUGGCGGGCAGGGCUGUGAUGGCGAGGCGAGGCAAAUUAGUGCCAUUGCCUUCCGUUAAGCGUUUGGAUGUAAUCCUUGACGCCUCCCUUUCCAUGGAGGCGCAGGUUACAACAACAGCCAAGGCGACAUUUUUCCACCAUCAAGCAGUUGGUCCCUUACCUUUCCCGCCCCGACCUGGCCACAGUGACCCAUGCGGCGGUCACCUCCAGGCUUGACUACUGUAAUUCGCUCUACGCGGGGCUGCCCUUGAAGCUGUCCCAGAAACUCCAGCGGGUGCAGAAUGCUGCAGCGAGGCUCCUCACGGGGUCCCUGCCAUGGGAGCAUAUUCACCCAGUGCUUUUCAAACUGCACUGGCUCCUGCUGGAGUACAGGGUCAGAUUUAAGGUGCUGGUUUUGACCUUUAAAGCCCUUCACGGUCUAGGACCCUCGUACCUACGGGACCGCCUCUCCCAGUAUGCCCCACAGAGAGCCUCAAGGUCCAUAAAUAGCAACACCCUAGUGGUGCCGGGCCCUAAGGAAGUUAGAUUAGCCUCAGCCAGAGCCAGGGCCUUUUCAACACUGGCUCCGGCCUGCUGGAACGCUCUGUCUCUUGAGACCAGGGCCCUGCGGGAUCUGAUUUCUUUCCGCAGGACAGAGUUGUUCCACCUGGCCUUUGGCUCAGAAUCAGUUUGAUUCCCUCCCCCUUUUUCUUUUCCUUUCUCCUCCUGUGAUGAGACUGCUCCCUAAUUGUUUUAAUGUUGUAUCUUAAUCUUUUAAAUUGUAUUUUAAUCAACUUGUUAUUAUUGGUUGUUAGCCGCCCUGAGCCCGGUCUUGGCUGGGGAGGGCGGGGUAUAAAUAAAAAAUUAUUAUUAUUAUUAGGGGGGAUCCUUUGGCCCUGGGGCUGAAUGUGGCCCUCCAAACCUUGCCACCCGGCUCUCGGAGGUUCUCACCCUUUGCAUCCCUUCUCCCCGAUUAGGGCAACUUGGUAGCGGUCGGGACCCACAAGGGCUUUGUACAGAUCUGGGACGCUGGAGCCGGCAAGAAGCUCUCCAUGCUGGAAGGGCACACAGCCAGAGUAGGUAAGGAAAUCCUCUGGAAAAACAAUCUCUCAAAGGACCUGUUGAGGGCAUUUUACCAUUGCACUCUGGAGAGUGUAUUAACUUAUGUUCUGUGUGUUUGUUUGGGAGCUGCACGGCCAGGGAAAAAACAAUGCUGUCCAGGGUUGUAAAGACUGCGGAGAGAAUAAUUGGGUGCACUCUUCCCACCUUGGAUCAAAUCUACGCUUCCAGGUGCCAUAAGAAAGCGGCAGAGAUAGCGCAGGAUAGUGCGCACCCCGGAAAUGAUCUCUUUCAGCUUCUGCCUUCUGGAAGAAGGUCCAGGGUUAUAAAGGCCAGGACUAGCCGCCUGAGAAACAGUUUCUACGCAAAAGCAAUUCUGGUUCUAAACGCAGCAUAAGGGGUCUCUAUAGUAUAGUGUAUUUUAAAAUGGGGUUUCAGAGUUUUUAGGGGGUUUUGAAUGUUUUAUGUAGUUUUGUAGUAGUUUUAUGUAGUUUUGUAGUAGUUUUAUGUAGUUUUUCAAUUUCAUUGUUCUGCAUGGGACAAUGACAAUAAAGAUAUCGUAUAUCGAAAGUGGGGCAAGCAGAACGCAUAAACCGAACGCCAAUUUCCUAAAAGCCCCAUGCGAAGCCCUACAGAAAUAAGAAUAUUAAUAGCAACUUAUUGCAGUGGUCCCUUGGUUCUCAAACGCCUUGGGACUCAAACAGCUUGGAACCUAAACACUGCAAACCCGGAAGUUAAGUGUUCCGGUUUGCGAACUAUUUUCGGAAGACGAAUGUGCUCCGUUUUGAGUGUUAACGCUUCCGAUUUGAGUGUUACGCUGAGGUCUGUCUGUCUUUGCUAUUUAUUUUGCGUUUUUGUGGCUCUUUUUGUUUUGUUUUGGUGACUGUGUGGAACCCAGUUCAGCUACUGAUGGAUUGUGUGACUGCAGUACAUCGUUUAUUGCUUUCGUUUUAUGGAUCAAUGGUCUCGUUAGAUAGUAAAAUCCAUGUUCAAUGGCUGUUUUAGGGGUUGUUUUUAAAAGUCUGGAACGGAUCAAUCCGUUUUGCAUUGCUUUCUAUGGGAAAGCGCGCCUUGGUUUUGAAACGCUUUGGUUUUGGAACGGAUUAAGUUUGAGAACCAAGGGACCACUGUAUUCGUAUCCUGCCCAUCCAACUGGGUAGCCCCAGCCACUCUAGACGGCUUCCAACAUCUAUAAAAACAUAAUUAAACAUUGGAAAACUUCCUUAUAUAGUGCUGCCUUCUGGUGUUCUUCUAAAGGUUAUAUAGCGACUCAUCUUGACAUCUGACGGCAGGGCGGGAGCCACCACCAAGAAGGCCCUCUGCCGGGUUCCCUGUAGCUUCGCUUCUCUCGGCGAGGGAACCGCCAGAAGGCCCUCGGUGACGGAUCGUAGCGUCCGGGCUGGACGAUGGGGGUGGAGACGCUUCUUCAGUGGGGAGACAGACACAUUGCACCAGGGAGAACAUACAGCACACACAGAACUACCACCGAGAAGGCCCUGUCCCGGGCUGCCUCAACAAGGCCUGUGUGUUGGAGGGUCUAAGAGUGUUAAUCCGUUUCACUGGUGGUUCUGCUGCUGCUGGCUUAACUGGGUGGGUUGGGGUUGCUUGUGGGCAUGCUGUGACCUCACAGCAGCUCAGCCAAUAGCAGCAAGGGAGGCUCAGCAAGCGGUGGGCGGUGUUUCUAACAAGCAGGGGCACACGGGUGCUCACUGAUGGUGCCAGGGUGUUCAGUUUCCCUGUGUCUGUCUGCAUCCCUUCCUCCCCGCGCCUCCCCAGAAACUCCAGCGGGUGCAGAAUGCCGCGGCGAGACUCCUUACGGGGUCCUCGCUGCGAGAUCACAUUCACCCGGUGCUAUACCAGCUGCACUGGCUCCCGGUGGGGUACAGGAUCAGGUUUAAGGUGCUGGUUUUAACCUUUAAAGCCCUAUACAGCUUAGGACCCUCGUAACUAUGGGACCGCCUCUCCUGGUAUGUCCCACGGAGGAACCUACGGUCUUCAAACAAAAACAUCCUGGAGGUCCCAGGCCACAGAGAGGUUAGGCUGGCCUCAACUAGAGCCAGGGCUUUUUCGGACGUGGCUCCGAUCUGGUGGAACGCUCUGUCCCAAGAAACUAGGGCCCUGCGGGACUUGACAUCUUUCUGCAGGGCCUGCAAGACAGAGCUGUUCCACCAGGCCUUUGGCCAGGGCACAGCCUGACUCCCUCCUUUGGCAAUCUUCACAGAACUUUAGCCUAAUGGUUGCCAUCAAUUUGAUUUGAACUGAUUUUAUAAUGAAAUGAUUUUAGAAUGUUAGAAUCAUAGAGUUGGAGUAGACCACAAGGGCCAUCAAGUCCAACCCCCUGCCAAGCAGGAAACACCAUCAGAGCACUCCUGACAUAUGGUUGUCAAGCCUCUGCUUAAAGACCUCCAAAGAAGGAGACUCCACCACACUCCUUGGCAGCAAAUUCCACUGUCGAACAGCUCUUACUGUCAGGAAGUUCUUCCUAAUGUUUAGGUGGAAACUUCUUUCUUGUAGUUUGGAUCCAUUGCUCCGUGUCCGCUUCUCUGGAGCAGCAGAAAACAACCUUUCUCCCUCCUCUAUGUGACAUCCUUUUAUAUAUUUGAACAUGGCUAUCAUAUCACCCCUUAACCUCCUCUUCUCCAGGCUAAACAUGCCCAGCUCCCUUAGCCGUUCCUCAUAAGGCAUCGUUUCCAGGCCUUUGACCAUUUUGGUUGCCCUCCUCUGGACACGUUCCAGUUUGUCAAUGUCCUUCUUGAACUGUGGUGCCCAGAACUGGACACAGUACUCCAGGUGAGGUCUGACCAGAGCAGAACACAGUGGCACUAUUACUUCCCUUGAUCUAGAUGCUAUACUCCUGUUGAUGCAGCCCAGAAUUGCAUUGGCUUUUUUAUGUUGUACUAUCUUAUUGUUGUUAGCCGCCCUGAGCCCGGCUUCGGCUGGGGAGGGCAGGAUAUAAAUAAAAUUUAUUAUUAUUAUUAUUCUCAAUGCUCCAGGUGCCCUGGCGUGGAACGCGGACCAACUGUCUUCCGGCAGCCGGGACCGGAUGAUCCUGCAGAGAGAUAUCCGGACGCCCCCCCUUCAGUCCGAACGCCGCCUCCAAGGUCACAGGCAGGAAGUCUGCGGACUCAAGUGGUCGACCGACCACCAGCUCCUCGCAUCCGGGGGGAACGACAACAAGGUAAUAAUAAUAAUAAUAAUAAUAAUAAUAUGAUGGAAUUUUCGGAGCUAGCCGCCCUAACCGGAAGAGUCCGCAACCAGAAGGAGGAGGAGUAUCAGGAAGAGUGGAAUAGAUUUACAGUGGUGCCCCGCAAGACGAAUGCCUCGCAAGACGAAAAACUCGCUAGACGAGUUUUCCGUUUUCUGAGUCGUUCCGCAAGACGAAUUUCCCUAUGGGCUUGCUUCGCAAGACGAAACGUCUUGCGAGUUUGUUUCCUUUUUCUUAAAGCCGCUAAGCCGUUAAUAGCCGCUAAGCCGCUAAUAGCCGUGCUUCACAAGACGAAAAAACCGCAAGACGAAGAGACUCGCGGAACGGAUUAAUUUCGUCUUGCGAGGCACCACUGUAAUGAUUAUUUAGUUAAAUUUGUUAAGUUAAACUAACUGCAAAUAGCUUGCAGAUACCUAAUGGGCUUAGGAUUUUAUUUAUGUUAAGUGAUGAAUUAAUAUGUUUGAUUCCAUAAGGUGAAGAUCUAAGGAUGUUAAUGUUUUAAGUUAAAUUUCAUAAGAAUUGGGAUUUGGAAAACCGUUAAAAGGACAUGCAAUGAAAUUCAACCAAGGGGAAGCGAGGAAGUCACUUAACAAAGUUAAUAACUGUAAUUUUCAGUAAGGCUAUGAUUUAUGUUUGUUUGUCUUGUUUGUUUAUAAAAUUGUGAAAACUAAUAAUUUUGGGGAAUAAUAAUAAUAAUAGUAGUAGUAGUAGUAGUAGUAGUAGUAAUAAUAAUAAUUUAUUUAUACCCCGCCCUCCGCAGCCAAGACCGGGCUCAGGGCGGCUAACAACCAAUAAUAAAAACAAGUCGAUUAAAAUGCAAUUUAAAAGGUUUAAGAUACAACAUUAAAACAAUUAGGGUGCAAUCUCUUCAUAGGAGGAGAAAGGAAAAAGAAAGAGGGGGAGGGAAUCAAACUGACUCUGAGCCAAAGGCCAGGUGGAACAACUCUGUCUUACAGCCCCUGCGGAAAGAGAUCAGAUCCUGCAGGGCCCUGGUCUCAAGGGACAGAGCGUUCCACCAGGACGGAGCCAGUGUUGAGAAGGCCCUGGCUCUGGUUGAGGCUAAUCUAACUUCCUUAGGGCCUGGAACCUCUAGGAUGUUGCUAUAUAUGGACCUUAAGGUCCUCCACGGGGCAUACCAGGAGAGGCGGUCACGUAGGUACGAGGUACAGUUGCCGUGGAAUUCUACUCAGUAUCGAUCCAGAGCAGAUCCCAAUGUUUUUUAGCAGAGCAACAAUAAUAAUCAAUCAAUCAAUCAAUCAAUCUUUAUUACGGUCCAGAGACCCAACAAAUCAUUACAAAUCAAGGCACAAUUCAGGCAGCCUACCUCCGGGUUAAACAAGCAUUUUGUUCAGACUUAAAGAUAAGGAUCAUUGGUUCUUGCAACCACUGAUAAAAACUUCGCCACUACUAAUGUUCUAGUGUUUGUCCGGUCUUCCAAUAGGAACGUGACAUAGUGAGCCUCUGAUUUUCCCGGGAAAGGUACCAGCAAGGGUAAUAGAUGAUGAUGAUGAUGAUGGUGAUGAUGAUAUUUGUACCCUGCCCAUCUGGCUGGGUUUCCCCAGCCACUCUGGGCGGCUUCCAACAGAAUAUUAAAAUACAAUAGUAUAUUAAACAUUAAAAGCUUCCCUAAACAGGGCUGCCUUCAGAAGUCUUCUAAAAGUCAGAUAGAUGUUUAUCUCCUUGACAUUUGCUGGGAGGGCGUUCCACAGGGUGGGUGCCACCACCGAGACAGCCCUCUGCCUGGUUCCCUGUAACCUCACUUCUCGCAGGGAGGGAACCGCCAGAAGGCCCUCAGGAGAUGGACCCCGGUGUCCGGGCUGGAAGAUGGGGGUGGAAAGGCUCCUUCAGGGAUACUGGGCCGUUUAGGGCUUUCAGGGUCAGCACCAACGCUUUGAAUUGUGCUCGGAAACGUACUGGGAGCUAAUGUAGGUCUUUCAAGACCGGUGUUAUAUGAUCUCGGCGGCCGCUCCCAGUCACCAGUCUAGCUGCCGCAUUCUAGAUUAGUUGUACUUUCCGGGUCACCUUCAAAGGUAGCCCCACGGAGAGUGCAUGGCAGUAGUCAAAGUGGGAGAUAACCAGAGCUUGCACCACUCUGGCCAGACAGUCUGCGGGCAGGGAGGGUCUCAGACAAAACUCUAGUUCUGUCACCCCCUGCCCGAAAAACGGGGCUGCCGGUGACGACUCCCUCUCCCUCCCUCGCAGCUCCUCGUGUGGAACCACUCCAGCCUCAGCCCCGUCCAGCAGUACACAGAGCACCUUGCAGCCGUCAAGGCGAUCGCCUGGUCCCCUCACCAGCACGGGCUGCUGGCUUCCGGCGGUGGGACAGCGGACCGCUGUAUACGUUUCUGGAACACGCUGACCGGACAGCCUCUGCAGUGCAUUGACACCGGGUCGCAAGUCUGCAACCUCGCCUGGUCCAAGCACGCCAACGAGCUGGUAAGGGAGUCCUCGUCUCCUGUGUGCUUCUCCCUAUCCUUUGCCUGCCCAUCCCCUGGAGGGCUGGCACUUUAUUUUCCUAGUUACUUUAAGGUAAAGAGACCCCUGCCCAUUAGGUUCAGUCGUGACCAACUCUGGGGUUGCGGCGCUCAUCUCGCUUUAUUGGCCGAGGGAGCCGGCGUCCAGCUUCCAGGUCAUGUGGCCAGCAGGACUAAGCCACUUCUGGUGAACCAGAGCAGCGCACGGAAACGCCGUUUACCUUCCCGCCGGAGCGGUACCUAUUGAUCUACUUGCACUUUGACGUGCUUUCGAACUGCGAGGUUGGCAGGAGCAGGGACUGAGCAACGGGAGCUCACCUCAUCGCCGGGAUUCGAACCGCUGACCUUCUGAUCGGCAAGCCCUAGACUAUGUAGUUUAACCCACAGCGCUACCCGCAUCCCCCUAGUAACUUAGGCGGGUUUAUUUGGCAGGUUGCUUUAGGGGUGCCCCGGCCCUAUCAGGCGCAGGGGUAAAACUGCCUCUGCUUCCUCACCAGGGCUCGGUACAGCUUGUUCCUCCUCUGCUUUCCAACAUCACAGUGUUAGCCUGGUGAUAUUCCUCCCUCCCUCCCUCUCUCUCUCUUUCUCUGUCUUCUUUUCUUCUUUGGCGAUCCCUCGUAGCCGAGUAAGAUUGUCUUCCAAAACAGGGUUUUAGCAGUGAGUCCAUAAGUGACUAUGGAGGCCAAUUCUGGAUCCCCACAUCCUUCCACAGUGGGGACAUUGGUUUCCGGGCCGGAGUUGAUCCUAGUGAGGGUUUGCCAAGCGUGCCUUCCUCUUAGCACGUUUCUCCCUUGCGUCCUGAGUUCGAGUGUCUUCAAAGCCCACGACACCUUUGGGAAAGGCUGUUCUCCAACUGGAGCGCUCGCAGGCCAGUGUUUCCCAGUUGUCAGUGUUUAUACUACAUUUUAGAUUUGCCUUGAGAGAGUCUUUAGACCUCUUUUGUUGACCACCAGCAUUACGCUUUCCAUUCUUAAGUUUGGAAUAGAGUAGUUGCUUUGGAAGACGAUCAUCAGGCAUCCGCACAACAUGGCCAGUCCAACGAAGUGGAUGUUUUAGAAUCAUCGCUUCGACACUGGCGAUCUUUGCUUCUUCCAGUACACUGGCAUUAGUUUGCCUGUCUUCCCAGGUGAUGUGUAAAAAUUUCCAGAGACACCGUUGAUGGAAUCUUUCGAGGAGUUGUUGACCCAACAGCAUUACGCUUUCCAUUUUUAAGUCCACAUACUCAUCCAUCUCUCUCUCUCUCUCUCUCUCUUUUUCUCUCUAGGUGAGUACUCACGGAUACUCUCAGAACCAGAUCCUCGUCUGGAAAUACCCGUCCUUGACUCAAGUCGCAAAGCUAACCGGGCAUUCUUACAGAGUCCUCUACCUGGUGAGUAACUGUCCCCCCCUCCAAAAAUAAACCCCUCUCUGUGGAAGCCUUUUUGGCCUGUUGCUUAUGCAUGCAUUGUUGUUGUUCGCUGUUUUCUUUUUCCUUUGUUCUGGGGUAUUUUGAAUGCGAAAGCAGCUCCAAAAUCUGAGGCAGACUGGGUAGCUUUUUUGGGGGGGUGUCCACCCUUUGCAGCAACCUCCCUCCUUCCCAGAAACAUUCCCUGCCAGGGAUCUGUUCCCAAAGCAAAGGGAAGGAUUGAACUCUGAUUAAUAAGAAUACACACAGAGGCUUGAACCAGCAAGACUCUGGGAAGGGUCCGUAUAAUAAUCUCUGUCUCCACCCUUGGGCCCAGGUCGUUUUAUUCACAAAACAACUUUUUACAGAGUGUUCGUAAGAACCAAUCAGAUUUCUUCUGAGCAUUUCAAGAAACCCCACGUGGGGACAAAGUUAAACUACCAAAACUAAUUAAGCACAGGGUAAACUGUGGGUUAAACCACAGAGCCUAGGGCUUGCUGAUCAGAAGGUCGGCGGUUCGAAUCCCCGCAAUGACGGGGUGAGCUCCCGUUGCUCGGUCCCUGCUCCUGCCCACCUAGCAGUUCGAAAGCACGUCAAAGUGCAAGUAGAUAACUAGGUACCACUCCGGUGGUAAGGUAAACGGCGUUUCUGUGCGCUGCUCUGGUUCGACAGAAGCGGCUCAGUCCUGCUGGCCUCAUGAUCCGGAAGCUGUACGCCGGCUCCCUCGGCCAAUAAAGCGAGAUGAGCGCCACAACCCCAGAGUCGGCCAUGACUGGACCUAAUGGUCAGGGGUCCCUUUACCUUUACUUAAAGAAAGAACAGAACUACAAAGGAGUACAUUUGGCAACCCCGGAGGUCAUAAACAAGCAAUAUUCAUGAUAAGAAGGAUGGCCAGGAGGACAGCGAUCAUUAUCACCUUACAGUGGUGCCUCGCAAGACGAAAUUAAUCCGUUCCGCGAGUCUCUUCGUCUUGCGGUUUUUUCGUCUUGCGAAGCACGGCUAUUAGCGGCUUAGCGGCUAUUAGCGGCUUAGCGGCUAUUAGCGGCUGGUUAAGAAAAAGGAAACAAACUCGCAAGAACUUGCAAGACGUUUCGUCUUGCGAAGCAAGCCCAUAGGGAAAUUCGUCUUGCGGAACGACUCAGAAAACGGAAAACUCUUUCGUCUAGCGCGCUUUUCGUCUUGCGAGGCAUUCGUCUUGCGAGGUACCACUGUAAUGUGAAACCUGUUUCCUGGCCCUAAGAUUAACAUCCUAAGAUUAACAUAUCAGAAAAGCUACAUCAAAGAAACUGCCCACUGUCUUUGAGGACCCAGGACGCCUGCCUGUCCUUGUACGUGACUCCUAAGAAAGAGAAAUGGAACAGGGAUGCAGAGGUGUGGAUUGAUCAAGAAUCAUAUCAAAAUAGUUUAAACCCAGUCAACGCAAUGCUUUCAUUGCUGACACAGGUGGCUUACUCUAUAUUUGUUAUAGCAUCUUAAAAAGCAGAGACAUCACCUUGCCAACAAAGGUCCGUAUAGUUAAAGCUAUGGUUUUCCCAGUUGUGAUGUAUGGAAGUGAGAGCUGGACCAUCAAGAAGGCUGAUUGCCGAAGAAUGGAUGCUUUUGAAUUCUGGUGCUGGAGGAGACUCUUGAGAGUCCCAUGGACUGCAAGAAGAUCCAACCUCUCCAUUCUGAAGGAAAUCAGCCCUGAGUGCUCACUGGAAGGACAGAUCCUGAAGCUGAGGCUCUAAGACUUUGGCCACCACGGGAGAAGAGAAGACUCCCUGGAAAAGACCCUGAUGCUGGGAAAGAUGGAGGACGCAAGGAGAAGGGGACGACAGAGGACGAGAUGGUUGGACAGUGUUCUCGAAGCGACCAACAUGAGUUUGACCAAACUGCGGGAGGCAGUGGAAGACAGGAGGGCCUGGCGUGCUCUGGUCCAGGGGGUCACGAAGAGGCGGACACAACUAAACAACAACAACAAUAUUUGUUUAUAAUUCCUCAUAGCAAUCCCACCUGAUCACUACAGGAUCUAGGAAGCGGCCUGAUGGGAUUUCAGAGCUGAUGCAGCUGCCCUUGGGGGAGCUUCAACCGUUCCCAACCCUUCCAGGAAAUGUUUGGGGCCAAGAGGGUGCUCUGCUGCCGAACCACAGCUCUUCCUCUAAAUUCCCAGGGGUCAUAUUCCCAGGUGUCAAAAAGGUUGUUUAUGUGUUCAACAACUGCGGCCUGUGUUUCGUUAGCCCAGAAAUGGAAAACGAGCAAGGUCUGGCAACUUAAGCUGAUGGAAUAUGUGCAGCUCGCAGGCUUAACAUAUAGAAUAAGAGAACAAGGAGAACAUAGGUUUAAAGAAGAUUGGAGAAUGUUUAUUGAUUAUAUGGGGAGGGAAUGUGUACAGCUGAGAACGCCAGCAGCAUUAAGAUAAAUUCAACAGUGCAAAUAAGUUUUGAGGGAUGUAAUAAUGGAAUAUGCAAGGAUUUAUAGGUAGGUAAAGGGACCCCUGACCAUUAGGUCCAGUCGCGGCCGACUCUGGGGUUGCGGCGCUCAUCUUGCUUUACUGGCUGAGGGAGCCGGCGUACAGCUUCCGGGUCAUGUGGCCAGCAUGACCAAGCCGCCUCUGGCAAACCGGAGCAGCGCACAGAAACGCCGUUUACCUUCCCACCGGAGUGGUACCUUUUUAUCUACUUGCACUUUGACGUGCUUUCCAACUGCUAGUUUGGCAGGAGCAGGGACUGAGCAACGGGAGCUCACCCCCUCAUUGCGGGGAUUCGAACCGCCGACCUUCUGAUCAGCAAGUCCUAGGCUCUAUGGUUUAACCCUCAGCACCACCUGCGUCCCAUAUGCAGGGAUUUAGGAUAUGCAAAAUGAACCAUGGAAAGAGGAGAAGGGAAGUCAUUUAUAUUUUAAGGAAGUUUAAAUGUGUAUUCUAAAUUGCAGUACAGAAAAUUUAAUACAUAUAUAGUGCUUUUUUUCUUUGAAAAAUGUUGAGGGGUACUCUCAUUUCCCUACUCAUAUUGAAAUACUGUCCCUCAAUGAGGCCAAGCUUAGAUUCACAAAGUGAUUAGGGAUAUGCGUCUCUGCAGAAAAGCUUUAUGCACAAUCAGACCAUUGGGCCCACCUGUCCCCGUAUCAUCUGCCCUGGCUGGCAAUGGCUUUCCGGGGUUUCAUGCCGGGGGGGCGCGUUCCCCAAAAUCUAAAGUUAAGGUGUUAGUCCUCAUGGGCUUGAAUGGGGAGAGCCUGAUUUCCGCGACGUGCUCUGCCACUGACCCCGCUCCUUCCCUUCUGCAGGCGAUGUCACCCGACGGAGAGGCCAUCGUGACGGGCGCCGGGGACGAGACGCUGAGGUUUUGGAACGUCUUCAGCAAAACCCGCUCCACCAAGGUAAGGGAGACAAGGCCUUCGUGGACUGAGAAGAGGAGAAGGCAGAAAAUUAGGUUGUUUUGGUAGAUAUGAUAUAAAGGAUUAAGCAAAAAUGAGUUGAUGAAACUGAUGAAACAGAGGAUGUUUAACUACAUUAUUUUAAAUUAAAAUACGUAAAUGAAAAUAAGGUUAGAAGGAUUUGCUGGAAAUACGAUCUGAACUAGAAUACAAAAUUGGGAAGUGAGAGGAGGUCAUGGAAAUAAGUAAAGGGAAAAGGUUAUGUAAAGGUUUAAUCUGUUUUUGUUCUAUUUUAACUCAAUGCAUUUUUAUAUUUUUUGCUUCGUCUUCUUCUUUACUCUAUUUUAUUGUUUACUUAUUUUGUUAUUUUUCGCUUUGUUAUGGUUAAAUUUUUCUUUGUAUUUUGUAUUGUUGCUUUUUUUGCUUUUUUUUGUAAUGUUAAAGUUGGAAUAAAUAUCAUUUAAAAAAACAACAACGAGAAGAGGAGAAGGCUUUGUUUAUUCAGCUACUUUGUGUUAUACAGCUAUACAGCUCAAGCUAAGGCAUUUUGGCUAAUGAAUCCUCAAAGAAAGAAUUUUUGGAAGUUUGGGGGGGCCUAGUUGGGGUGACUACGCAGUCAGUUUUGGGUAACCUGUCCCUUCAGACGAGCAUCCUCUCGUCCCAAGCCCUUGGCCACGAGUCGCAGAGGGAACGCGGCACGCCUGCUAACCAUCCCUUCUCCUUCCUUUCAGGAGUCCGUGUCGGUCCUUAACCUCUUCACCAGGAUACGGUAG